AUGAGUUCAUUAGAUAACUUAAAAAUUCUUCCACAUGUUUAUCCUGAAACAGCAAUGUUAGAAUAUCAUGUGUUAUCUACUAUUUCAAUGUAUAUGGAAAAAAGUAAUAAUAGAAAAUGGCCAUAUUAUUUUAUAACUGGUUCAGCAGGAACUG